GCUUUUCUCCAACACUUCUUUAUUAUCCAUCCAGCAACUUCCACCAACAUGGUCGCCAUGAAUAAUUAAAUCUGUCAAUUCAUUCCAACGUUGUUAUAUCUUACCUGCCUUUACUCACCUCGAUCCACCCAACCUUAACAUCAAUGCUUCAAACCCCCACCACCGCCGAUAGUCCAACCACAACAUCAGUGUGCUCAAGAAGCCCAGAGGCACUUUUAUCCUUCACCACCACUACGGCCACCUCUUUACUACCUUGUUCUCGUCAGCUGAUCAAGCACCACCGUCUCCCGCCCCUCGGUCAAUUCAUUGCUCUCGUUUUUGGACGAUGCAAUUUACCGGCUUCUGUAUGCCUUGUGUCCCUCAUCUACUUGCACCGUUUAAAGUUACGGCUUCCUCGAUAUGCACGUGGUGAUUAUGAUACCCCUUAUAGACUCUUCUUAGCCGCCAUCCUAACCGCCUCCAAGUUCAUGUCGGAAGGUGGUACUGGCUUGACUUCCCAGAUGAUCAGCCAAAUUACCGAUGGUCUUUAUACUGCCAAGGAUGUUAAUUUAAUGGAACGAAGCUUCCUUGGUCUCAUGCGAUAUGAACUUUGGAUCGACGUUGACGAAGUUAAAUUAUUUUUACAAGAAAAUGGCAGUGAAUUGGAAAUGGAACUUCGUGAAGUGGUCAUGCAAGACGGUGUCGAUUGGUGGAAAGAAUUGUAAAUUUAACCUGCCUUCUCUCCUUUAUUUUUUUUUCUUUUCUCCUUUGUACAUAGUGUAUUUGCUUUUUCCUUUUUUCUUUUCUUAGAUGAACGUCAAGAGACUGUAGAAAUUGGCUGUAGAUAAUAAUAUAAACUCCUAAUACAUGUUUGUAAUUUCAACCUUAUGCC